GGAGCCAGGACAUGAAGGUCGCUAGAACCCAGGGAUGGCGAAGUUCCUGACACUUGGACAGAAGCUACAGCUGCAGGGCCCAGGGCCGGAGCGCAGUGAUGGUGCUAUCUGAGCACCUGCUGGAAACGGGGCAGGAGGAGCAGUAACCCCAGGAGAGAACAGGCUGGUGCUGGCAUGCGGGGAUGACACCUCCGGAGGCUCCGGCCUCCUUCCCGCCUGGGUGCUAGGAGCCGUCCCCGGGCUCCAGCUGGGAGCCCUGCCGCCCAGGGGCAUGGCCAAACCUUUCUUCCGACUCCAGAAGUUUCUCCGCCGGACGCAGUUCCUGCUCUUCUUCCUCACGGCCGCCUACCUGAUGACCGGCAGCCUGCUGCUGCUGCAGCGGGCCCGACUGGCCCGGCCCCGGCCCGGCCCCCGCUGGCUCCGCAGCCGCAACUCGGAGCUGCGCCAGCUGCGGCGUCGCUGGUUCCAUCACUUCAUGGGGGACCCCCCGGGGCCGCCCGCGCUGAGCCCCGAGGCCCCCCAGCCAGCCACCAGCAGCCGAGGUACCUAUGUGGGAUGCUUCAGUGAUGAUGGCCAGGAGCGUACUCUGAAGGGGGCUGUGUUUUUUGACUUGAGAAAGAUGACCGUCGCCCACUGCCAGGAUGCAUGCGCUGAGCGGUCCUACAUCUACGCUGGCUUGGAGGCCGGGGCUGAGUGCUACUGUGGGAACCGACUCCCAGCGAUGAGCGUCGGGCCGGAGGAGUGUAACCACGAGUGCAAAGGGGAGAAGAGCUCCGUGUGCGGAGGGGUGGGCCGGCUCUCCGUGUACCGCGUGGAGGAACUGCAGCCCGGCUCCAGGAAGCGGAGGACCGUCACGUACCGAGGCUGCUUCCGACUGCCGGAGAACAUCACGCAUGCCUUCCCCAACUCCCUGGUACAGGCCAAUGUGACUGUGGAGACGUGCUCCGGAUUCUGCUCCCAGAAAGAGUUCCCCUUGGCCAUCCUCCGAGGCUGGGAGUGCUACUGUGCUUACUCUACCCCCCAGUUCAACCUGCGGGAUGCCGUGGACAGCUCGCUGUGUGGCCAGGAGUCUGAGGCCCAGAGGCUGGCAGAGUACUGUGAGGUCUACCAGACCCCUGUGCAGGACACUCGAUGCACAGACCGGAGGUUCCUGCCCACCAAAUCCAAGGUGUUUGUGGCUCUGUCGAGCUUCCCCGGAGCUGGGAACACGUGGGCGCGGCACCUCAUCGAGCAUGCCACCGGCUUCUAUACAGGCAGCUACUACUUCGACGGAACUCUCUACAACAAAGGGUUCAAGGGUGAGAAGGACCACUGGCGCAGCCGGCGUACCAUCUGCGUGAAGACCCAUGAGAGUGGCAGGAGGGAGAUUGAGAUGUUCGACUCGGCCAUCCUGCUCAUCCGGAACCCGUACAGGUCCCUGGUGGCCGAGUUCAACAGGAAAUGCGCCGGGCACCUGGGCUAUGCAGCUGACCGCAACUGGAAGAGCAAAGAGUGGCCGGACUUUGUCAACAGCUACGCGUCGUGGUGGUCCUCGCACGUGCUGGACUGGCUGAAAUACGGCAAACGACUGCUGGUGGUUCACUACGAGGAGCUGAGGCGCAGCCUGGUGCCCACGCUGCGGGAGAUGGUGGCCUUCCUCAACGUGUCCGUGAGCGAGGAGCGCCUGCUCUGCGUGGAGAACAACAAGGAGGGCAGCUUCCGGCGGCGCGGCCGGCGCCCGCACGACCCCGAGCCCUUCACCCCCGAGAUGAAGAACUUGAUCAACGGCUACAUCCGGACGGUGGAUCAGGCCCUGCGCGACCACAACUGGGCCGGGCUGCCCCGGGAGUACGUGCCCAGAUGAUAGGCUCCAAGCCCGCUCUGCCCGCCCCACCGGGAGCCGGCUGCCUCCACGGGCCGCGCACGUGCUCGCUGGGAUGCUCGCCUGCCGCUGCCUCCGCGGGAUGCUCAGGGGAGGGGGCUGUGCCAUCUGCACGGAGGCCCGCCCUGGGGCUGCGUCUCUGCGGCACAGGGACACCUGGGCCUGACUCCUGGCCGGUAGACCCGAUGUCAUAGGACAGAUGCAAAGGGACACACACUCCUCGCCAGACCCGCUUAGACCUGCCCCUCUCCGCUCACGGUGUCCCGUUAAUGCGCCUAAGCCACCACCCUGGGCGUGCCUGACACUCUUUGACUUGCAAACACAAACGUCAGUGCAGGCAUGCCAACACCAGGUUGUGUUCCCAGGGGCUGCCUGUCUGUCUCUCCAACACACUGACACACACGUGCACCCCGAGUUCCCAGGGACCCGGGGUUUCCUGUUGCCAGCCUGGUGCAGGCUUGCUGGCCAGGGGCUUUGACUGCAGGAUGCUGGGCUGGGUGGGCUUGGAGCCCCAAGGAGCCAGAACCCUGGCCUGGAGACAGGCUCACAGUCUAUGGCCGCCAGGCCAGGCAGCCCUGAGCCACACGUCUGCAUCCCCCAGUGUGUGUGGUGUGAUGACCAGCUCUAUAGCCCGGCCUCUCCCUUCUCUGUGGAUGGGCUGGUGGUGAUACAGGCAGAGCUGAGCCGCCCACAGACACCCCCACCUCAGGACCGGCUGCAAAUUCUGUGCACCCCCCACCAUCCCAUCCAAUAUCAGCACUCCUUGAACUGGUGC